AUGGAGCCUAUCAAGGUCACUGGUGACUCUGGUGCUGCUGGGGGUGGUGCUGCUAGGGGUGCUGAGCCUGUGGGUGCGGAGCCUAGGGGUGGUGAGCCUGAGUGUGGGGAGCCUGGGGGUGUUGAGCCUGAGGGUACGGAGUCUGGGGGUGCUGAGCCUGGGGGUGCUGAGCCUAGUGUCGUGCUGCUGGAGCUGGAGGCACUGGCGCUGGAGGCACUGGAGCUGGAGGCGCUGGAGCUGCAGGCGCUCGAGCUGGAGGCGCUGGCGCUGGAGGCACUAACACUGGAGGUGCUGGAGCUGGAGGCACUGGAGCUGGAGGCACUGGCGCUUGAGGCGUUGGAGGUGCUGGAGGCACUGGAGCUGGAGGCGCUGGAGCUGGAGGUGCUAGCGCUGGAGGCGCUGGUGCUGGAGGCACUGGAGCUGGAGGCGCUGGAGCUGCAGGCGCAGGAGCUGGAGGCGCUGGCGCUGGAGGCACUGACGCUGGAGGUGCUGGAGCUGGAGGCACUGGAGCUGGAGGCACUGGCGCUGGAGGCGCUGGAGCUGGAGGCACUGGAGCUGGAGGCGCUGGAGCUGGAGGCGCUGGAGCUGGAGGUGCUGGAGCUGGAGGCGCUGGCGCUGGAGGCACUGACGCUGGAGGUGCUGGCGCUGUGGGCACUGGAGCCGGAGGCGCUGGGGCUAGAGGCCCUGGAGCUGGAGGCGCUGCCGCUGGAGGUACUGGUGCUGGAGGUACUGGAGGUACUGGGGUUGCUAGUCCUGGAGGCACUGUGGAGCCUCUCUCCCCACAGCAGCUGCGUGAGUGGUUUGCUCGGCGCACCCGCCUUCGGCAUCGCGCUGCUGGAGCUGGAGACGCUGGAGCUGGAGGCGCUGGAGCUGGAGGCACUGGAGCUGGAGGCACUGGAGCUGGAGGCGCUGGAGCUGCAGACGCUGGAGCUGGAGGUGCUGGCGCUGGAGGUGCUGGAGCUGGAGGCACUGGAGCUGGAGGCGCUGGAGCUGGAGGCGCUGGAGCUGGAGGCACUAGAGCUGGAGGCACCGGAGCUGGAGGUGCUGGAGCUGGGGGCCCUGUGCAGCAGCGCCCACUCACCAGUGCCUGCCCCCCCUCGUUACAUUGACCAGCCAGUCUCCCUUACAGAGCGUCGUGAGCCUGCGUCUCGUCCUGCCUCCCCUGUUCGCACUGUUCGCCGUGCUCGUCGUGUCCCUCGUCCGCGUCCUCCUCCUGUGCCAGGUACUCACACUAUGGCACUUCGUCCUUCCUCUGUUCGGCAUCGUGUCCCCCUGCCGUCUCCUCCUGCGUCCUCUCUUCCUGACGUCCCAAACCCUGCGUCCGACUUGGUUCGUGCUGCCAGCCCCACUGUCACGCGUCUCCUGGCCACAGUCGUCACUGACCCGUCGUUUGAGUCUACUGCUGUGUCUGCCUUAGUUGCUGAGCUUGUGGACUUUGCUGCUGCGUGUCGUCUAGACUACGCCACUAGUCUUGUUGCUGAGCCUGAGCCUGUGUGUCCUCCGUCCGUCGGGGGUGAGUGUGCUCUUGGCACGGACGUCCUUGAGGACAGGCAGGAGGACUUUGAGUGUCUUGCGGCUGCUGUACCUCAUCUCGUGGCCUGGCUGCUUGCACCUGAGGGAGACCCGGAUGCACUGGACAUCCCGACCCCACGCUCUUACGCAGAGGCGAUUUCGGGUCCCUACUUCUCUUAG